CAUACGUGUUUUAUAACCUUCAUCUGCCGUUGUAAUUAUUAUUUUUUUAGUUAUUUUCAGAUUGUGAUAGAAUUUUGAAUAAAAAUGUGUAUUGAAACGAAUCAAAUCCCUCACCAUUAAAUAAUCCACGUUAAAGUGCGUUAUUACAAUGUAUUUCGAUCAAUCGGGGUUAGCGAUGGUUAGCGGCGCCGAAACCGCCGAUAUUCCAGGAAUUGAAAGCGAAUACGUUCAAACUCAAUGCGUUUUGGCAGAUGGAGGUGAUAGAUUUGGAGUUUGUGCUUUAGCGUUUGAUCAAAACGAGGAAUUAUUAUGGAUGGGGAAUCAAGGGGGGCACGUCACGUCGUAUUACACAGGAAUUAUGCAAAAAUACACCUCCUUUCAAGUUCACGCUUCUCAAGAUAUUCGUCAAAUCCUCACGAUAGACGAAGGAAUUUUAGCGUUAACAGCUACUAGUCUUAGGUGUCAAAUCCGAAGGGGAAUUCCUGUUUUUACUCAUAUGUCGUCGAAUAUGACGGAAAUGCAAUGCAUGCUUCAGUUAUCACCGUCCAGGUUAUUAUUGGCUGGGCAUCAAGAUAAAUUGAUCGAUUUUAAUUUGUCUGUUUGCAAAGAAACCAAUUUGGUUGAUGUUGGCGAAACUGGUUGUGCAAUGUUAAGGGGUCACAGUCGAUUCGUUUGUGCUGGUAACCCCAUGGGUCGAAUUGAUUUAAGGGACCCAAAUUCUUUAAAAAUCGAGCACACCCUCGAAACUCACAGUGGUAGUUUAAGUGAUUUUGAUAUUCAAGGAAAUCUUUUAGUUACAUGUGGGUUUAGUAACAGGCAAGGAAAUUUAUCAGUGGAUCGAUUUUUGAUGGUUUACGAUUUACGAAUGCUCCGUGCCGUGACUCCAAUUCAAACAGUGUUGGAUCCCCUUUAUUUGCGAUUUUUGCCAUCGGUUACGUCGCGAUUAACGGUUGUAUCGGCCUUGGGACAAAUACAAUUAGUUGAUACAGUGGCGCUUUCGGAGCCGAGGUUGUGUUUGCUGCAAAUCGAUAGUCCCGGAGCGAUGUGUUUGGCUUUCGAUAUAAGCUCGACUAGUCAAGCGAUGGCUUUUGGGGAUAACGCCGGUUCGAUACAUUUAUUCGCCGGAACGCACGAUCCGAUUUUUAAUUCGUACUCGAGAAUGACGGAACACGCAGAUCAAGUAACCCCGUUACCUAGUUUUACAAUCGAUGAUUACGAGACGCCUUUAUCCUCGGUUCCGUUACCGAUCGUGCAUACGGAUAUGCCUUUAGCUUCCGAUUGGCCACCUCAGUUAAUGAAGAAGUCUUAUCGAAAAUCAUCUCCGAUUGAUCCUGAUAUUUUGAAAACGAUGAAAAUGCAGGGUCCAAUUGGUUACGCACCUAAUCCUAAAUCAACUAGGAGAAAUCAAGUGAUGUAUAACCUGGAGAAAAAUGGCGCUAGAUCCCAAGUUAGCAAGCAAUACGCUCCGGAGAGUCGCAAUCAAAAGCAACAAUUGGAAGGAGAUGGAGGUUCUUUUGUGGCGAUACCGAAAAGGUAUAGAAAAUUGGAUAUGAAAUAUAAUAAAUUGGGUACUGAGGAUUUUCCGUUUGAACAGUACAACAAAACGGGAUUACCCGGAUUAGAAGCGAUGUUACCAAACGCUUAUUGCAACGCAAUGUUACAAGUGUUAUAUUAUACGGAACCAUUACGAGCAGCCCUUUUAUCACACCUUUGCGUGAAAGAAUUCUGUUUAUCAUGCGAAUUAGGAUUCUUAUUCCACAUGCUCUCAACAGCCCAAGGGCAACCGUGCCAACCUGGAAACUUCUUGCGUGCUUUUCGCACCGUACCAGAAGCCUCCGCUUUAGGAUUAAUCCUAAGCGAUCUCCACCCGGAAGCAAAAUCAAAAAUUGAUAUCGGAGCACUCAUCCAGAGCUGGAAUCGAUUCAUACUACAUCAAAUGCACGUAGAAUUAUUAGAAACAAAAAAAAAGAAAGAAGAGGGCCGAUUAAUACGUAAACCCUUCGUGUAUAAAGAAACCGAUUUUCCCAGCAUAUUAGGAAGUUCUGAUCGAAAAAGAAUCCCUCAAGCUCAAGACGUUCCCGUUGCAAAAUUAGAGGAGGAGAAGCGAGAAGAUGAAAGCGAAAUUAGCCAGCUUUUUGGAACUAAACAAUUACAUAUUAAUUCGUGUUUAAAAUGCGGAUACGAGGUUCGAAAGGAAUCUCGUUUAUUAGCAUGUAAUUUAAUGUACCCAACGAACGAACCGGAUCGAGAUGAAUGGUCCUUUUGCGAUAUUUUAACCCGUUCUUUAAACCCGAGACAAACGACUCCAGCGUGGUGCGAUAAAUGUAGUAAAUUCACCCCUACGUCUCAAGCUAGAAUAAUCCAAUCACUUCCUAAAUUAUUAGCCAUCAAUACCGGAUUACAUAACGUCCAACACAAACUGUUUUGGCAAAGUCAAAUGGAUAAGAUUGUUGCGAAAGCCGUUAAUAAUAACGAGUUAACCCCUAGGUCGUCGACGCCGAAUUCGGUUUCUUCGACGAAGCCUUGUCGUUAUGGUGAUAAUUGUUCGAGGCCAGGGUGUCGGUUUCGGCAUAGUUUCGAUAACGUUCAAGCUCCGGUUAAUAAUCCGUAUUGUAGCAAUAAUUGGUUACCACAUCAUAUUCGGAUGAGUUUGAAAGAUGAUGAUUUAAUCAUUGAAAAAGUUCUCAAUAAAAACGAAGGAGGUGAUUCGAACGAAACCCAAAAAAACAUGGAAGGUGAAUUUAUGGAGUACUCGUUAUCCGCCGUUGUUUGUUACAUAAAUGAGCCUGCUUACGAGAAGCGAAAUUUAGUUGCUUUAAUAAAAGUUCCCUCGGCUUAUUUAUCAGAAAACUCCGAUAAAGACACCGCUUGGUAUUUAUUUAACGAUUUUAGUAUAUGUUCAGUGCCGGGGCAAGAAGCGGUUUGGUUCAGUUUAGAUUGGAAAACUCCGUGCGUUUUGUACUACUCAACGAAAGAAGUUGCCGAUUCAAAAACGGAUAUAACUCCAACGUUAUCAAAGCGUUUAUUUAAGGACGUCUUCACGCAAGAUGCUUGCAUCGCAAGAAGCGGGGGAACAUCCGGAAUCACUUUCACCCCACUUUCAGAGAAUGAAAUGCCAAAACCCGGGGAAUUAAUCGCGAUGGACGCCGAAUUUGUCACUUUGAAUCAAGAAGAAGCCGAAUUGCGGAGCGAUGGGAAAAUGUCGACGAUUAAGCCCUCUCAGAUGUCCGUGGCUAGGAUUACGUGUAUUAGAGGGCAAGGUCCGUUGGAAGGAACUCCGUUUAUUGAUGAUUACAUAUCAACACAAGAACAAGUUGUGGAUUAUUUAACGAAAUUUUCUGGGAUUGAACCCGGGGAUUUAGACGCUAAUUUUAGUAAGAAACAUUUAACCACGUUGAAGUCUACGUAUGUGAAGUUGAGGUUUUUGCAAGAUAGCGGGGUGAUUUUUGUGGGGCACGGAUUAAAAAACGAUUUUAGAGUUAUUAAUUUAGUUGUGCCACCUGAACAAGUCGUUGAUACGGUUUUAUUGUUCCAUCUUCCACAUCAUCGAAUGGUUUCUCUUCGAUUUUUGGCCUGGCAUUAUUUAGGGGUGAAAAUUCAAUCUGAAACUCACGACUCGGUGGAGGAUGCACGAGCUGCUCUCGAACUAUACAGGAAGUACAAAAUGCUUGAGCAAGACGGCAAAAUCGGGUUUGCUCUUUCAGAACUUUACGAGCGAGGAAAGGUGCUCAAUUGGAAAGUACCCGAUGAUUGAAUUUUUAUUGGUUUUUUAUAAGAGGUGUCCGAAAUAAAUUCUCAUCAACCCAUCAUCUUUUAAAGUAAUUAGUUGGUAAAUUAUUGUUUUAUUUGUGGUAGUUUAAUUUUUCAAUUAAUAAAUUUUACAGUAAUUUUUUAAUUCAAUUUUUAGCCGUAUACGUUGUUAAUUGCGAAAAUUGUAUAUUUUUCAUGAAAAUAAAUAAAUGUAGUUUUUUAAAAUUAAAUAAAUAUUUAAAGAA